CGCGCUGCACGGCGAAAUUCAGUCCUUGUCAUUGACCUCUUUCUUCAAGACUGGCCUUAGUGCUUCACAACUCCUCCUCGAGACUUAGAUGCAAAACUUCACUUGCUCCGCUUGCCGGCUGGUCUCGCGAUCUCGUCUCCGACAACGUCUGGUCGAGCUGCAAAAUGGCCGGCGCAGAUUGUCCUCCACGCAUCCCCAACUCCAAGAUUCGCCCUCAGAGGUUAGCGGGUCGUGGUACUGGGAUACCACUCCUCCAACCAAGGAGAACUUAGCUGCAGCUGCACACUUCUUUCAAAACCAUAAACCCUCAAGGACAUGGACGGGAACAGGUUGGAAAACCUCGGAACCCUGGCGGCGCUCCUCGAAGUCCUCGCCGCAGAACAUCCUUGUGCCAGAAGUCAUCUUUGUUGGCCGGUCCAAUGUUGGCAAAUCCACCUUGAUCAACGCCCUUACCUCUUCAGAUCUUAAUCGAGUCGGUGCCACCCCUGGAAUGACCCAGGUCAUGGCUGCGUGGGCAUUGGCAGCAAGAGACGACACUGGAGGGGCCAUAAAAGGGUGGGAUGGAGAUGUCAACCCUAAAGUCACUCUCGUCGAUAUGCCUGGGUAUGGUUUCGGGAGCAGGUCCGAAUGGGGUGCUCAGAUUGUGUCAUACCUGAACAACCGAAGAAACCUGAGAAGGGCAUUUCUGCUCGUUGACAGCGGACACGGCGUCAUGGCUGCCGACCGUCACAUGCUGGAGAUCUUCCACAAGCUUGGGAUUCCGUUCCAGAUUGUCGCCACAAAGUGUGAUCGAUUGAGCUCCAAAGUAUCAGAAGGCGACAUUCGUGAAGCAUUGACGAGACUGCGCGGUCAGGCCAAAUUCGAGGGCAAAUCGGCCUUGAUGCUAGGCGAGAUGAUCGCUGUCGGAUCGCUCGAAGAUAUCUUGACAACGAAAGGGGCAAACGAAAAUGCCCUUGGCCUGAAGAAUCUGCAAUGGGCCAUUCUCAGGGCCGCGAACCUGGAGUGGUAUGCCAUGGACAAAGCCGUGGCCCACAAAGUCAUCAGUAAAAGCGCCUCGAGUCGCCCUAGCCCCAUCGGCGCCGAGAUAUCGCAUUUGAUCCAAGGGAAGGAAUCCGAAUCGGAACCUGCACAGUCGCCAGGAAGUGCAUCAACAGCACUCCCAAACUUGAGCCUCCAGGAAUUCAUGCGUGAGAUCUUGGGCACUGGCUCAGAAGCAAGUGCCUCAACCUCAACCGAAGCCCAAGGACACCGCGAGCCACCUAGGGUCUUUGAUUCUUUGAGAAAGCCCGGGAGCCGCAGUUCUGAAAAGGCCAACGCUAGCUCGUCUUUACACGACCAACUUGAUUUCGUAUACAAAGAGUUGAAUUCUCGAGCCCACCCAAAGCCCGAGAGUACGAAUACCAUUGCGGAGCACGUAGCGAGUCCGCUUGAAUGCACGUCCGAACCCCCUGCAUUUCCCGUAUCUCCCUCCGCCAAUAAGACACCCUCGCACUCGCCUCUCUCCAGCAAAAGCGUCUCGCAAGGCAUCGAUGCCUUUGAAGGGAUGUUUGCGGACCCACCGAAACCGUCCAAGUUGAAGAAACAACAGCAAUCCCGGACUCUCCACCAACGGCGUCAGAACCGAGCUGUGGCAGAGACAAGCACCAUUUCAUCGGAGCCAAAUCCCUCGCAACCCAAGCCUACAACGCAGCAGCAACCGGGGUUCGUCGGGAAAGGCGUCUCGCAGGGCUUGGACGCCUUUGAAGCCAUGUUUGCGGAACCACCCAAGCCGAGCAGACGGCAGCGGCAGCAGCAGCCUCAACAAACCAAACGCCGUCGUCAGAAAGCUCCGGCGACGACGGCGCGCCAGAACGAGUCCAUGACCACCCAGCCAGCUCGCGACCCGCCUGCUCUGACGGGCAAAGGCGUCACCCAAGGCUUCGACGCUUUCGAGUCCAUGUUCGCCGACCCCGAGCCACGCUCUGGCGGCGGGUCGAGCUCGAAUCGGAGAAGGAGGAGGCAAUAGAGGACCGGACUGGAGCGGAUAGACGGGAGGGAAAGAAAGUGCAGCGAUUCCGUUCGGUGGCGUUUCUGAGAUAUCGGGCAUGGAGACUCUGUGGGUCGGCCAGUUACCAUACUGGUUGUGGAGACGGUAGAGCGUUGCAGGGGAUGAAUGCAUGUACUAUAUGUGAAGCAGACCUGGUGCGGAUCAAGAGUAGAAGGCUUCUCACGGACCUUGGGCCCGCGGUGUCGUGAACACCUUUGUCAUACAGCCCAAUGCUGCUGUUGUAGACCUAAUGAUCCGAACAAUGGACAGCCCUCUCCACGCUAUUCUCAUCACUGACAGCCCUGCAGUCUUGGAUCGAAGGGUACAUAGCGCUUGAGGUUGGAAAGACCGUAAACAUGUUCAUUGCGUAUGUGUCCGUAUGGUAUGGAUGGCUAUGUUUAGCGAAUUAAGAACAAUGCCCUCAAAGCUGGGAGGUCGAGAAAUCCUGGGCGCGCUCUCCAAGCAGCGCGAUCAACAAUUCGAACA